AUGGAGUCCUCCGCCAUCACCCAAGUCAAGCAGCUCCUCAGCCAAGCCAGCUCGCUCCGCGAGACCCUCUCCAAUGGCGAACGCCUCCAACUCAUGGGCCUGACCGAUGCGCUCAGCAAUGAGCUGCAGAGGCCCGAUGAGGCGGUGUUUCGAAUCACGUUCAAUCAGCCGGGCCAUUAUAUGGCGAUUCGACUUGCGAUACAAUGGGGUGUUUUUGAUGCUCUUGGGGAUGUGGGCGAGGCGGGUAAGACGAGUAAGGAGCUUGCGGAGAGGGCGGGGGCGGAUGAGAGAUUAGUGGCUCGUUUCCUCCGGCAUCUCGCAGCGAAUGGUACGAUUCGUGAGACGGAUCUUGAUACUUAUGCUAGCACCCGGCUUUCUGCUUCGUUUCGCCAGCAAUCUUUCAAAGAUGCUAUAUACUUCAUGUGGGACGACUUCUACAACGUCGGCUGGAAAGUGCCCUCAUUCCUGGACUCAAUCUCUCACCAAAACCCGGCUGACAUCGACAACGGCCCGUUCCAACAUGCCUACAACAUGCCGAACAAAUCUCUGUACACUUACUUUGGCGAAAACUCAGGCAUGGGUGCACGUUUUGGUGGCAUGAUUCAAAUGUACAAUGCCGGCAAGCCUUUCUUCUGGGAAAGAGGCUGGUAUCCCUUCAAAGAGCGUCUAGUCGAUGGUGGCCCACAGUCAGAUGAAGACAUACUACUCGUCGACAUUGGCGGCGGCGAUGCUGGCGACUUAGGCAUUUUGCGCAAGGCUCUCGGACCUGAAGUCAAAGGCCGCCUUAUCCUCCAAGAACUGAAGCACAUCGUCGACCGAUCGGAUCAAAACGGAUAUGAAGCACAAGUCGGCGAUUGGAAUCAAGAACAACCCGUCAAAGGCGCGAGGGCGUACAUGCUCCAGCACAUCCUGCACGACUUCAGCAGCGACGAUGCAUGCCGUCGGAUCCUCAAGAACAUCGUUCCCGCAAUGACGCCCGGCUAUUCGAAGCUGCUCAUCAAGGAGCUCAUGAUUCCUGAUCGAAAUGCGCCGUGGGCGCUCACGGCGUUGGAUGUUAAUGUCAUGCAGUCACUUUCGGGGCAGGAAAGGACCGAGGCGCAGUUUAGAGAAUUGUUGGAGUCGGUGGGAUUUAAGAUUGAUGGCAUGUGGGGACAUCCGGAUGCGGUUGAUGUAGUUAUUGAAGCGUCUUUGGCAUAA